UCUUGCUUUUGUAGUAACUCCUGUUGCUAAAUGUAGUGAAUGCAAUUGCUAAAGUGAUGGUGCCAGUAUAAAUUAUUAAAAUUACAUGGAGUAAUAAAAAUGUGUUGUGUAUAAAAAGAUGCAGAACAAGGCAGUAGGACUCAAGCCUUUAAGUUACUUCAGAAAAUUCUCUAUAUCUAUAAUAUGGACAAACUAUACAUUAAGCACAGUUGGGUUUUGUCUUUAUGUGUUUUCUAAAACAAAAUGUUUGGAUGCCAUUUAUUUUAGGUUUCCAGCUUUCCUUGAAGAAAAUGAGAUUGUGAGAGGUCUUCUCACAGGUUUUGGACAAUUUUUGGAAGCAUACUGGGUUGGAUGAUUAAAAACAUAGUGUCUAAAAUCAUAAGUCACUUCUGAAAAUCUAUGUGGUUUAUUUAUAACAAGGAGCACUGAAAAGACUAACAUAUAUGAAGAUCACUUUGUAUCAAAUAUAUAAAUCCAUUAAUUUAGUGCAUAAUGUCUGUUUUCUUUUUAUUGAAACAGAGAAAUUCUUGUGAACCAACAAAUUAAAUAUAGCCUUUGUCACCUACUAGCCCUUUUACUACAUAUUAAUACAAAUAAUUCACUUGAGUUUUUCCUUUCUUGUAGCAGACACUCACAGAGUGGAUAUGGGAAGUGGUAUGGAAAGUUGGAAAGAGAUGCUAAACAGCACAGAUGUAAGCUAUCUUCCAAUGUGUUGAUAUCUUUCUGGCAAGGAAGUAUCCAGCACUGGAGCUGGAAUAUAGCUCAGUGCUCAGAGGGACCAGCACCUGCUCUCUACCACCUCUCAGCACAGGAUCUCGACCUCGAGUGGCACCGUGGGACCAGUCACGACUGGAAGAGGUGUUCCAAGGAGGAGCUGCUGAAGCUGCUGGAAAACCUCGUGUCUCCAAGUACCCUCAAAGUACACAGGCUGAGCAGCCAAAGCACUCACAGGUCCCCAAAGUGAAGGAAAAAUUCUGAGAUGCAGAAAGUCUUAUUUGCUGCCGCAAAUGGGAAUCUGGAAUAACUAUGAAAAACACACUGAAAUAAUUGUGUUUGACUGGAACAAAAUUCUUACAAAGUCCCCAAGGAUGAGAUUCUGUGCCAAAUCAAUGCUUCUCUCUGAGUGGCUCUUUCUGGUCUAUGUGUUAAUGGUCUGCUGUAAAUUGUUGUCCGCCUCUAGCCACCAUCCCCGGGGGCACACAGGCCAGCACCAGGUCAAGCAAGGGACAUGUGAGGUUGUGGCCGUGCACCGUUGCUGCAAUAAGAACCGGAUCGAGGAGCGAUCCCAGACAGUGAAGUGUUCCUGCUUCCCGGGGCAGGUGGCUGGGACAACACGGGCCCAGCCCUCGUGUGUGGAAGCUUCCAUUGUCCUACAGAAGUGGUGGUGUCAUAUGAACCCCUGUUUGGAUGGAGAAGACUGUAAAGUACUACCAGACUAUUCAGGUAACACGGUAGCAGAGAGUAAACCUGUGGGUCACUACCAGAACUACGGUACAUGGAACUGUUCCUUGGCUGUUGCACAGAGACCCUUUUUGUCAUGAUGCUCCUGACUUUAUGCUUUGAACUUGAAAAAUGAGUCAGCGAAAAGGACAGUGCUUCUCCCUGCAACUGUGGCUGCAGUUCCUAAACCUGGAUUUUACUGUACAGUGGUACAUUAUAAUUUCACAGGAAGAAAAUCAAGGAUAUUUGGUUCUACCUGACAUGCACCUUGAAUUCCCAAAGAUCUGAGACCUAACUGGAAUUAAUGGAAGCACACACCUGAACUUCUGUGGUGCAUCAAGGACGCUUCUUAAUGACACUAAGAUAUGUAAAAUUCCAAAUGAGUUUAGGUCAUGAAUGUAACCUAGGGGGCCAUAGAAAGAAAAUGCUGAUGUUAGAACUGGUACAGAUGAUCUUAAAGGUCUUUUCAACCUAAAUGAUUCUAUGGAUUUGUCUGAGGCAUUUCUCACAUAUACUACAACAUAAAAAUACAAAUCUGAUCUCAAUGCUAAGUCAGUUGAUGGGACCAUGUUAAUAAAUUAUGUCAGUGUAUUUUCAACUGUAAUUUAGUAACUGUCAAGGUUGUAUGAAGGUGAAAAGAUGGAACUUACAGAAUCAGUAGCAAUUAUUGUAGGGUAUACUUUGGUUAUAGCUAUGAAAUUAGAUUUAUUUCCUUAGAUAGUUCUAGGUAGUUUAACUUUUACAUUCAUAAGUGGUGGCAGGAAAGCAUGAGGAAGAGAUAAAAUUUGAAAGCAGGCAUAGUUUUUCUUGUCCUAAAAUAAAUCUGUUCUCUAGGGGAAUAGCAAAGUAUACAUAUUCCUUGCCUCUUUGAAUCUAGAUAUGGAAAAGAAUUUAGCCAUUAGCUAGAAAUAUUCAUUCAGAUGCCUCAAAAAGAAAAGGAAAGCAGGCUUGUACUGCAUAAGGAAGGCUUACUGUAAGGGGAGUAAUUUGUUUGGAUUUUCAUAGAUUUGGUUAUAUCCUAAUAGGUAACACACUUAAAAUUCAUAAGCAAAAGUCGAGAUAAAAGUGAAUCUUCGGUUGCAAUUAGUUCUUGUUUAGAAUGAUUAUAAUAAUUAAAUGUCCAGUUCCUUGACAGACUGAAUUUCCAAGUGGUUACAUUUCAAGACAGAUAAUUGUUCCCUAUUAUUGUAGAUGCAUUUCAUGCUGUUUUCCUUAUUUGCCUGUUACAGUUUUUUGUCAUGAGUCUUCAUAAAUAGGACAGUGAGUAGAGGUGAAGCUGUAGCCAGUCUGUUCCCCGUGACAUCAUUUUGUGCAUUGCAACAGCCUGAAAUGCAGUGAUGCAGAUGGCUCUUGUGCAGAUGAACUGCUGGUGACCCAGCAACUGAAUUCAUUGUUAUGCUUUAUGUAAAUAUUAGGGUAACAAUACACAUCUAAUUUUUAUAUAGACAAAAAAGCAAAAAAAAAAAAAAGGUGUGUUGUACUAAUGUAGGUCAUUGUGCAUAAGUUUUCUAGUGUAUGGGAAAGGUCCCAUCAGCAGUGGGAAGCUGUUCAGGGUAAUAAUUGUUAACUUCUGAUUGCUGGAGUGAGUGGGAGCAUCCAACCAGUUAAUUCCACUGGAGUCAGUGGUGUGUCAGUCAGAUCUGGCCCUGUGUUUUUUGGGUUUGAUUUCUCUGGUUUAGUUCUCUUUCAGUUCUGUAUUUGAUUACAGCUGGGAUCGUAGUGGUCAUUGUACUCGGUGAAAAAGAGAUUUUCUGCUCUAUGCUUGGACAGCUGAACAGUUAAUUGACUCUGCUUGCCCUGAUGAGCUCUACAUUCCUAAUACUUUUCCAUUGUUUUGAUUUUCUGAUUAAAUUUUAAAGUUACCUUUACUA